AUGACUCAGGAACAAACCACUGUUCGUCAGGUUGACGAUACAAUCCCCUUGGUCGGAUCCAAGAGGACCGAGUUUGAAUUCGGAGAUUUUGACCACAAAGACAUUCCUUUUGAGAAGGAGACAUACCCCGUCAUCGUCAUUGGAUCUAGCAUGGUCGGCAUGACCCUCGGUGUUCUCCUCGGCUAUCAUGGCGUCAAGAGUCUGUCUCUGGAUCGUCAUCCCUCUACAGCGAUUCACCCCAGGGCAGCUCUGUUCCUUCUUCGCACAGUCGAAAUCUUCCGCCAACUUGGGUUGGAGGAGCAUUUGCUGGAGAACAGCGCCCUCAACUUUGACCUUGAUGCCGGUAUGGUUAUCAUUGAGAAACUUGUCGGCGGCAAAGUCUUGCAUAGAAUGCAGGAGAGUGACCCCAACGAAGUUGCCAAGGUCUCGCCCAGCAAGCGUCUCUGGCUGACUCAGAACAUGUUUGAGCCACUUCUCCGUGAGAGCGCAAAGACCUUUGGCGCAGUCCAGGAAUUCAGCGAGACUGUGGUUCACUACGAGGAGAGCGACGACGAUGUCGUUGUUGUAGUCCAGAACGUGGCGACCAAGAAGUACAGAAAGUUCAAGACGAGCUACCUCGUCUCCUGCGACGGCAACCGAAGCGCAACCAGGAAGAAGGAGGGCAUCAAGUGGGAUGGCCCCGGUCUUCUUGGCCAGAGCAUCUCCAUCAACUUCAAGGCGGACCUGACCUCAUACCUCGGUACUCGCGCCAAACACGGAGUCACUUAUAUUGCCAACCCUAAGAUUGACGCCGGCUUCCGACUGGAAAACAACGGCAAAGCAGGGUUCAUGAUUGUUACCCGUGCUGGCGAGAAGCGCGGCUUUCCCCCGGACUCGGUCAGCGAGAGUGACGCUCGCCAAUAUUUCCGCGACGCCUCGGGCAUCGAGGAUGACAUCGAUGUUACCGUCGACUCCAUUUCGUACUGGUCUGUUGCAGGAUUCAACUCGGACCGAUUCACGAGCAAGGGCGGCCGUGUCUUUAUUGCUGGAGACGCUGCGCACGUCGUGCCACCCACAGGAGGCAUGGGCGGAAACCUCGGUAUUCAGGAUGUGCACAACCUUGCUUGGAAGCUCGCUUUUGUUCUCAGUGGCAGAGCUGCUCCCUCCUUGCUCAACACGUACACGACAGAGAGGCAGCCCGUUGUUGCCGCCACAGUUCGCCAGGCAUACUCCCGACUACAGACGCGUGUUAUGCGUAAGACUCCCGACGAGCCUGAGCUUCCUGACAUUACGUGUGAAAUUGGCUACCGCUAUCCUGUCGGGGCUAGCAUCCCGGCUGAAGGAUACCAGGAUACGAACCUGAUUUGGGAAGAUCCCUACAACCCUCACGUCAAUGCGGGUUCUAGAUUCCCGCAUGUGGAUGUUAUCGAUGCUGAAGGCAAGCACCGGUCCUCUCUUGAAUUGAUUAGCACGAACUUUCUUCUAUUUGCCACCGAUGCUUCAUCCUUAUGGAUCCAGGCUGCCAAGGGUUUAGACUUGAAGGUAGAUACCUUUACUCUCAACAAGUCUUCCACUCCGUAUAAAGAUCCUGAGGAGAAGCUCAAAAACUUUGGCAAGGUUGGAGAAGGCCAGGCACUUCUUAUUCGUCCUGAUGGUUUCAUUGCAUGGAAGGCUGAAAAGAUGGAAAGUGGGCAUCAGAAAACCUUGAAAGAUGCUCUGCACAAGAUCUUAGGAUAG